UGUUCCUUCUAUAUUAAUUAAGUUAAUCCUACUUAUCUUUUUUCGUACAUAGUUUGCUGAGAUGGGGAGAAGGCCUGGACGAGCACAGCUCUAUCUUGCUACACACAAGAAACAAGAUGGAUCAUAUGUAAAUGGGGAGGCAAAAGAAAUAUGUGAAAAAAUUCAGCUAGCAGUGAGUCAAAGUACUGUGGAUGAGUCUGAAAUUUCUCCCAAUGAUGCUGUGGGUAAGGUGCUAGGAAAAGAGCAUUGUGGGAGGGUAAGAUGUUUGGGAUUAGGAGCUACUCCAAGCACUCAUUUUAAACAAAUAAAACCUCGUGUUGGUGGUAUUCGAAUUUCAAGUAACGAUGCUAGAUGUUCUUCUUUCGGAUGCCAAGACAAGUACGAUAAAUUGUUGAAUACUCUCAAAGCCUACAUGAUAAUGAAGGAAGGGUCAAUACCGGAACAGUUUGCUGGGAUUUUUGGUUCUCCUCCUAUGACGCCAAGUGACGCAGCUAGCAGCUAGCGGACCCAUGGAUGCAAGAAGAUUUCUAGCUCUAGUAAUCCUGCAAAGGCACUUGAUCAUCCUGCUGAAUAGUCCUUCGAUCAAACAAUCUAUCGGGAGCAGAAUAGUUUAGCAGAUAGGAUGGCUCAAAUAGGAAUGUCAACAGCUGGUACUGAUAGGGUUUCACUGCAUGUUUUUGCGGAACCACCAACAAAUGUAGUGGACAUACUUACUGCUGAUAUACUAGGAACUACAUUCC